AUGAGCUCUGCUUUCAGCACCAGUGAUAGUAUUGAAAAAAAUAAAUGUGGAAGCAUUACCGAAUACCAGUUGUUAAGCGAAAUUUGGAAUGAUCAGCAGAGAGACCGCUGUCUACGAUGGAUCGAAAAAUCACAUUUGAAACGCAUUGCACUUCAGUUUCCCGACAACCUGUUGCGGUACAGUGUACAAAUGGUUACCGAAGUGCAAACCCUUUUGACGGAAGAUGUGAGCAUUUUCGUAUUAGGCGACACUUCCUAUGGGAGUUGCUGUGUGGACGAAAUUGCAGCAUCCCAUGCAACCGCCGAUGGCAUCAUACAUUUUGGUCAUGCUUGCCUCAGCAAGGUGGCAAAGAUUCCGGUUCUGUACAUAUUCCUUAAUUUGACCCUAAAUCAGGAUCACCUGCUCGACGCAUUGUCAAAGACGUUUCCUGACCAACAUUCACAGUUUACCUGUUUCUACGAUGUUGGUUAUUCCAACGCUGUAACCGAAAUGAAGGCAACCCUUGUGAAUCGCUUCCCGCUCAUGAAGAUGGCCGUUUUAGCUGACACCGACGAAGAACCUGAUGUACUGUGUUGGAAAUUCGAUACACCGCAUGUAUCGGAUUGCCCAGCAGUGUACAUCGGGAAGGAUAAUUUAAGCUUCUUCAACACAGCGGUCGCUCUCACAACUUCCCAAUGGUACCUGUAUGAUCCUAACCGCGAAUCCUCACAGCUCGAGGCAACGGAUGCGGUCGGUGCUAAGUGGUUGCGGCGCAGAUACUACGCCAUUGAGCGGUGCAAGGAUGCCGGCUCGAUCGGGAUAGUUGUGGCCACACUUUCCACCAGAGGCUAUCUGGAAAUUGUGUCCCGAAUACAACGAUUAGCAAAGGCGCACGGUGUCCGCACGUACAUCAUAUCCAUCGGCAAGGUGAAUCCAGAAAAGCUGGCUAACUUCAUCGACAUCGACUGCUUUGUGCUGGUGGGAUGCCCUGAAAAUGACACCUUUACGUCUCGUGACACCUUUUUCCGACCGCUGGUGUCCGUGUUCGAGGCCGAGAUGGCUCUUAAUCCUGCCUGGCGGGAGAAACUGUGCCUGAGCUAUACGAUCAACUUUGCCGACUUGUUGCCUAGCGGACGUUUGCAUUCGGAUGUCGAGGAAGUGGCAGCGAUGGUUAAGGCGGAAAAUGACACACCGGAUGUGAGCUUGAUUACGGGUAGGACACGGGGCGCUAGAAAGCCCCAGGAUACCGAAGGCACAGAACCGGCCGUUAAGGAUCCCGAGGCUGCCGAAUGCAGUGACGUGGUUCCGAAAGGAAAGAAUGAACUAGCUCACAUUAGUUCGGCAGACUAUUUCUCGAACCGAUCGUGGCAAGGUUUGCAACAAAAUCUCGGCCAAGAUGAACCGGUUCUGAUUGAAGAAGGGCGGUCUGGUUUACCGAUUAAGUAUGAAAAUGAUCCAAGCAGUAGUUAA